CUCCUCCUCGUCAAGAUGCGCGACCCCUCGACCCUUCCUGAGCCUCAGUUCAAGCACUACGACCGCGACCUCAUUCGCGACGACCUCGAGCACCGGGUCGCCUUUGCUCGCGACUUCCUCCGCUUUACCGAGGACGACGGCAAGGUCCUCAACUCGGUCGCGCCUCUCAUCGCUCCCUUGAUCAAGCCGACGGUCGACGGUGUCUACACGCAGCUGUUCCGGUUCGACUACACCUCGCUGCCGUUCCUCAAGAAGAACGCCGACUACGCCGGCGAGGCGCACGCCGUCGACCUCUCGCAGCUCAACCACGACGACCCGCAGAUCUCUCACCGCAAGAAGAUUCUGUCGGUCUACGUCGGCAAGAUGUUCACGUCCGACUUCGAGUCGCUCGCGACGUGGGCCUACUUCGACAAGGUCGCCAUGAUGCACACGGGCCUCGCCGGCUUCAAGCACCGAGCCAAGAAGGACCCGCUCGUCGUCGACCUGCAGCCAAUGGCUCUGCUGCUCGGCUGGGUCGUUGAUGUCGUCGUCAAGGCUGUCCUGAGCCUGCCGGACGAGACGGCCGACCUUGCGACCAAGACGGCCGUCAUCACCGCCUUCAACAAGCUCGUCUGGAUCCAGAACGACCUCUUCAACAAGAGCUACGCCAAGAACGACGCCGAGCUGGCUGCGGCGACGGCGGCGAGGAAGGAGGAGGACCCGGCGGCGUGAGCAAGGUGUCGAGGGGGGACGACUCGGAGGAGGCGGCGGGCAGGCUCUCCCGCAUCGUCUCGAGCUUGAGGAGCUUUCUCUGUACUGGUACAAGCCAAACUUUUAGCUUCUCCCG